AAUCCUACAUCCACAAGUUGGACGUCUACACGAUCGCUUUGGAUGAUUAAUCUUUCUAUACCUCGCUUCGCUAAUUACCUGCGAAGACCUAUUUUUCAUGUACUAUCCUAGACCGCGUCUUAUUCAGCAAUAAUCUCGUUAUGUCUACAAACUGCGUCUCCAAAUUCAAGAGUCCUUGCCAUUCGCUUAGACUACGCGCAGUAUAACGAAUUCUGGGUUAAGACAAUUAAAUCGCGAAAAUGGAAUUUCAUAGAGGUAUAUACGGCUCUAGCCAAGUCCAUAAUAGUUUGAGUGCCAUGGAAACUAAGCCAAAAGGCUCGGCAUCCCUGGCCGCCGUAAUCUCCGCGUUUGUUCCCACGUGGGUAACGGGCCUCAUCUUCGUUGCGAUAUUCAUCGUCAUUCGACGUUGGUAUCCUAAUAUCUAUGCUCCCAGAACUUUCAUUGGAAGCAUCCCAGAGAAAGACCGGACUCCUUCUACGGGUCGAUCAUAUUUCGAUUGGGUCCAUACUAUGCGCAAGGUUCCGGAUAAGUUCGUCUUGUACCACCAGUCUCUAGAUGCAUACCUUUAUCUCCGUUUCUUGCGAACAAUUAUCUUCAUCUGCUUCGUCGGUUGUUGCCUCACCUGGCCCAUACUCUUGCCGGUCAACGCAACUGGGGGUGGUUCCUCAACAGAACUUGACAAGGUUGGCAUUGGAAAUGUUAUGAAAAAAGGACACCUAUAUGCCCACGCAAUACUGGCCUGUGUCUUCUUUGGUUUCGUGAUGUUCACGGUUGCCCGUGAGCGUCUUUGGCUUAUUAGCCUUCGUCAGGCCUGGAUUCUAUCGAAACCCAUUGCAAAACGUCUUUCUUCGCGUACCGUUCUUUUCUUAUCGGCGCCAAGAGACGCUCUCGAUGAGGAUCACAUGCAGCGCUACUUUGGAGAUAGUGCUUUACGUAUUUGGCCUGCGACUGAAGUCGACGCACUGGAGAGUCUAGUUUCGAAACGGAAGUCAAAAGUCGAGCAGCUUGAGGCUGCGGAAAUGACUCUGAUCCGGAAAGCCAAUCGGGAAGGCAGGAAACGGGCUAAAUCCCGCUCACAGAAUAACCAACUACGCUACGAGGAUCUUCAAGACUCCAUGAAGAAGUCUAUCAGGCCACGGCAUAAACCAGACAUCUCACCACUGAAUGAGAGAGUUGACAGUAUUGAAUGGCUACGCGAGAAGAUCAAAGAGGAGGAAGCAGCCAUCGAGAAUGCGCGCAACGCAUAUGAAAUUGGUCAUACUAACGGAGCGGCAGCUGUAUUUGUUGAGUUCAAGACAUGCGCCGACGCUCAUCGGGCUUGUCAGCAAGUCGUGUCCAGUAAUGUAUUAGCUCUAUCUCCCAGAUAUUUAGGUAUUUCACCGCAAGAGGUCAUAUGGAAUAAUCUCACUAUACCUCCCGCUCGCCGCAUAUCCGAAGAGGGCACAGCUUUGACUAUUGUCAUAGCUCUAAUUGGUUUCUGGUCCAUUCCGAGCAGUAUUAUCGGCUUGAUCUCCAACAUUAGUUAUCUUGCCAAUAAUGUGGAGUGGUUAAGCUUUCUGAAGGACUUGCCAAAACCAGUCAUUGGCCUACUAUCUGGUUUAAUACCACCACUAGCGACAAGUUGGCUCAGCAAGCUUGUGCCUAGCAUAUUCAGAUACAUAUUCAAAUCAACCGGUAGUCCUACCAAUACUGCUGCUGAACUAAAGGUCCAAAAAUGGUACUACAUCUUCCAAGUGACACAAGUUUUUCUCGUCACUACAGUUUUCUCCGGGGCCGCACCGGUGGCUGCCCAGCUCAUGGAACGGGCUAAAGAUCCCACAUCUAUCCCUGAACUUCUAGCGAGGCAACUUCCUAAGGCGUCGAACUUUUAUCUCACGUACUUUAUUAUCCAGGGCACUACAUCAGCUGCCGACAAUUUACUUAACUAUUCUGAUCUUCUAAGUUAUCUUUUUUGCGACUACUUCAUUGAUAAGACUCCACGUCAGAAAUUUAAUCGGUAUACCAGUAUGAAAGGAAUCGCAUGGGGCAAGCUGUUCCCUAAGUUCGCUAACUUCGCAAUCAUCGCGAUUGCAUAUUCAUGUAUUGCACCACUGGUACUAGGUUUCGCGGCUGCCGGAUUAGCCUUGUUUUACUUCUCCUACCGUUAUAACCUCCUUUUCGUCAUCCAGCCGAAGAUAGACACAAAAGGUCAAGCCUAUACACUCGCGCUACAGCACCUUCUGACAGGCGUAUACAUUGCUGAGCUGUCCUUGCUCGGUCUUUUUAGCUUGAGAAAAGCAACUGGCCCGUCCAUUAUAACCGGCCUGUUAUUCAUCGUGACGAUACUUUAUAACAUACUAACAAACAGGUAUCUUUCUCCACUUGAGAAAUUUUUACCGUCUGACCUCGCUACACUAGCCGAGAGGGACGACGAGUCGACCCCGCUUUUGGCUUCUGCCGAAGAAGGACAACUGCAGUCGACGUCCCGGAUUCAGCAGCUAGCACAGCGGGCAGAUGUACCAAAAACAAUCGCACAGCGCGUCAUAGAUCCUAUCGCUCGUUUCUUCGAACCGCAGGUCUUCGCUUCGUACCAAGCCAUGCGGUCGUGGUUACGAGAUGGGGACUUGCUCAACAGCGAGGAGGACGUCCCGGAGUACACGGAAGAGCAACUCCAAAAAGCGUACCUGAACCCCGCACUCACGAGCCCAACGCCUCUGAUAUGGAUCGCCAAGGAUCCGAUGGGCGUAAGCCAGAACGAGGUUACGGAGAAUGAAAAUUACGGUCUCAAAGCUAGUGAUCAAGGCGCCUGGCUUGAUGAGAGGGGUAAACUUAGAUUGAAUGUCGAAAAUUUUGAGGAAGUGCCGAUCUGGAACCGAAGUGUGAUAUACUGAGCGGAUGGCUCCCUUGUUUGGCAAAUAUAUCACUCAGCCCGACAUAUUAAAUAAUUUUUUGGUUCUAGUUGAUGUGUUAGGGAGCUGGAGGUUUUUCAUUAUUUAGUUGGAGUUUUACCGAGG